GCCUGUCCCCGAGCAGAGCCCCCUGGCGGCGGCAGCUCCGGAAAUGCAGAGACAGUGUUGGAACAGCUGCCCGGCCACACUGUAGCCAGGGGAGGGCUCCGGGUGCUGCGGCGGGGGGGCGGCUGCUCUCUGUGCUCCCCACAGCCGGGUAGCUGCAAUUUAUUGCUGCUGCUUCUCCUGGGACCCGGGAGCCCACCACGCGGAGCCGGAGACUGCAGUAAUCAAGGCUCCUAGAAGAAGCUGCUGCUGCCUCCAUUGUGCUCUGGAGACCUGGACCAAGUAGCUGCUGCUCUGUGUCAGGGAGAGAUCAGAGAAACUGAUGGGGGACUUUCUGCGGUGGCUGGAAGCAGCCCCAGGCGACACCAGCCCCUGAGCCGGAGCCUGCAGGGGCCAGUGACCUUCAAGAAGGAGACUCAUCAUGCAGGAGAAUUGUGAGAAUGUGACCUCGCUGGCAGGUGAUGGGAUGGUGAGUGAGAACGAGGAAGAGAUUCCUCAGCAGAAAAGUCUUGAGCAAGUGGAACCACAUGGGAUAUUGCUGGGAAGACCUGAACAGGAUAUUUUUCAAAGUUCUGAGCCGGGAGAAUCCUGUGGGACUCAGUGCAGGCCAGAGGGGCAGCUGGGAAACCCCCCAGAGGACAGACAGGGAAAAUCCAGUCAUCGUGAGGGAGGUUUGGAGGACCUCAAUAGGACCACAAUGCAGCUGAGAAUCAGCACUAAAGAGAAACGGCAUGAAUGUGCUGAGUGCGGGAAAAGCUUCAACCAGAGAUCAAACCUGAUUGUACAUCAGAGAGUUCACACAGGAGAGAGACCUUAUAGCUGCCCUGACUGCAGGAAAAGCUUCAAGCAGAGUUCAGACCUUCUUCGACAUCAAAGAAUUCACACGGGAGAGAGGCCCUACCGAUGUCCCGUCUGUGGGAAAAGCUUCAAUCAGAGCUCAGAACUUAUUAAACAUCAGAGAACCCACACGGGAGAGAAACCCUAUAAGUGCCCUGAGUGUGGGAAAAACUUCAAUCAGAGCUCAGAACUUGUUAAACAUCAGAGAAUUCACACAGGAGAGAGACCAUAUAAGUGCUUGGACUGUGGAGAAACCUUUAGCCAGAGCUCACACCUUACUGUGCAUCAGAGAAUCCACACGGGAGAGAGACCCUAUAAGUGCCCCAUGUGCGGAGAAAGUUUCAGUGUGAGAUCAGCCCUUACUACACAUCAAAGGAUCCAUACAGGAGAGAAACCCUAUGAUUGUCCCAUCUGUGAAGAAAGUUUCAGUCAGAUCUCAGCCCUUAUUACGCAUCAGAGAAUCCACUCUGGAGAGAGACCCUAUAAAUGCCCCGACUGCGGGAAAAGCUUCACGCAGAGCUCAGCCCUAAUUAGACAUCAGAGAACCCACAUGGGAGAGACACCCUAUAAAUGCCUAGACUGUGGGAAAAGCUUCAAGGCAAAGGUCUCUCUAAUGUCCCACCAGAAACUGCACACAGGAUAGAAGGUGUCAGGAGCUUUCCCUGCGGGGCAAUGGGUCUGUGCCCUCCUGAAGCAAACUGUAAAUGUGCCUCCUUUGAGGAUGAUCUGGGUAGGGACAGCAGGCUGCUGGAUGGUUUGGGUUUCUAUGGGGGAUGGUUGGUGGAGCCCAGAGAAGAAGGAAAUGCUGGGCACUGGGGAGAUGAGUCAUUUUAGGGUCCGAGGGGAGCAAGUGGUGGGAUCAGUGGGGAGAUGUUUCUGUGGGUUCCACACACACUUUCCAGUGUAGGGAAGAAGUAAAAAUGCCCCAUUGUCA